AUGGAUGAAAACUUUGUUUCAAGAGCCUUUGCCACCAUGGGAGAGCUUGUACUGAGUGUAAAAAUCAUUCGAAACAGGUUGACAGGAAUUCCAGCAGGCUAUUGCUUUGUAGAAUUUGCAGAUCUAGCUACUGCAGAGAAAUGUUUACACAAAAUCAAUGGAAAACCGCUUCCUGGUGCUACACCGGCAAAGCGAUUUAAAUUGAAUUAUGCAACGUAUGGAAAACAGCCUGAUAACAGUCCAGAAUAUUCACUUUUUGUGGGAGACCUGACUCCUGAUGUGGAUGACGGCAUGUUAUAUGAAUUUUUUGUUAAAGUUUAUCCAUCGUGUAGAGGUGGAAAAGUUGUUUUGGACCAGGCAGGAGUGUCCAAAGGUUACGGGUUCGUGAAAUUCACGGAUGAACUGGAACAGAAAAGAGCGCUGACGGAGUGUCAAGGAGCUGUAGGGUUGGGCUCUAAACCUGUACGCUUGAGUGUGGCUAUACCAAAAGCUAACCGUGUGAAACCAAUGGAGUACAAUCAGAUGUACAACUAUAAUUAUAACCAGUAUUACCAACAAUAUCACAACUACUAUGCCCAGUGGGGCUACGACCAGAACACGGGCAGUUACAGCUACAGCUAUCCCCAGUACGGAUACACGCAGAGCACAAUGCAGUCGUAUGAAGAAGUUGGUGAGGAUGCAUUGGAAGAUCCGACACCUCAGUUGGACGUCCACGAAGCAAAUAAACAGUUUAUGGAACAGAGUGAAGAACUCUACGAUGCCUUGAUGGACUGCCAUUGGCAGCCGUUGGACACUGUCUCGUCAGAGAUUCCAGCCGUGUUAUAG